AUGCAGCAUCAGAAUAUAGUGAGGUUACUCGGCUACUGCCACGAACCGCAGAAGAAAGUGAUCGAGCACAGUGGAAGAUACAUCAUUGUCGACGUGGUUGAGAGCAUGCUCUACUAUGAAUAUGUGCCUAACGGAAACCUUGACAGUAUAUUUUCGGUGCGUGAAACGUGGACAGAUGAGCACAUUGCAUCCAAGCACUCAGCACUACUAGAUGCAGGCAGCCUCCAGGAAGUAAGAACAUGCAUCGAAAUCGGGCUAAAAUGCGUGGAUGUUGAUCAGAACAAGAGACCUUCUAUAGUUGAAAUUGUUGACAAGCUCAACGGAAGGCAUGCUCCCUGA